AUGGCUUUCACUUCUCGCCUCCUCUCCAGAUCUUCGCAAAAGUUAUGUGUUGGUCAGCUUAUGUUGCAUCCUGAGCAUGCAGUUCAAGUCCGUUCAUUUGCGAAGGAAGCAUCUGCUCCCACAGCACUAAAGGGCGAUGAGAUGCUGAAGAAUCUCUUUCUUGAUGUUAAGAAGAAAUUUGAGACAGCAAUUGGGGUCCUCCGUAAAGAGAAAAUCACAUUAGAUCCUGAAGAUCCUGCUGCUGUCUCUCAGUAUGCAAAUGUCAUGAAGACUGUUAGAGAAAAGGCGGAUCUCUUUUCAGAGUCGCAAAGAAUCAAAUAUACUAUUGAAACUAAAACAAGAGAUAUCCCGGAUGCUAGGUCUUACCUUCUGCAACUUCAGGAGAUUCGGAUCAAGAGGGGCCUGACAGAUGAACUGGGAGCAGAGGCCAUGAUGAUGGAUGCCUUGGAAAAGGUUGAGAAAGAUUUGAAAAAGCCACUUAUGAGGAAUGACAAGAAGGGGAUGGCCCUCCUUAUGUCUGAAUUUGAUAAAAUCAACCAGAAGCUUGGGAUCCGUAAGGAGGAGUUGCCCAAAUAUGAGGAACAGCUGGAACUGAAAAUUGCAAAAGCUCAAUUAGAAGAGCUGAAAAAGGAAGCUGAAGAAGCAAUGGACACUCAGAAGAAGAAAGAGGAAUUUAAGGAUGAGGAGAUGCCUAGCGUGAAGUCUUUGGAUAUCAGAAACUUCAUUUGA